AUGAAAGCUUGUCUGUGUGUCUGCCUAGUAAUAGUCGCCGGUGCCGUCGGCCAACGAUGCGGUCCGAACGAGCACUUCGAGGUAUGCGGCAGCCCCUGCCCGAGGACCUGUCAAAAUCCUAACCCCAUAUGCAUACCGCGCUGCGCGAGCGGCUGCUUCUGCAAUAGGAACAGGGUGCGAGACGAGAAGAGCGGCGAAUGCAUCGAGCCUUCCAGCUGCACGAGUCAAUCCGCAAGGCGCAAGAGGGGCCUCUUCCAAGACCCUGUGUGCAAGGAAAACGAGGACUUCAGACUGUGCGAGACUUGCUAUAAGAGUUGCGACAACCCUAAGCCGUCGUGCUCUGAGCAUUGCGAGAGGGGAUGCUUCUGUAAAGACGGCUUGACGAGGAACAGGGAUGGGAAAUGCGUCAAACCGGAGGAGUGUCCAGCAGACGACGGAAGUAAUAAUGCGAAACAACAUGCCGCGCGCAACAAGUCGUGCGGUCCCCACAAGGUCUUCCAGCAGUGCAGGCGCUGCGAGAAGACCUGCAGCGAACGUAGGCCGCUGUGCUCGGGCCCCUGCCGCUCAGGCUGCUUCUGCAAGGACGGUUUCCUCAAGCAUCCCAACGGGCAAUGCGUCAAACUCCAGGAGUGUCCCAAAGAGGUGACCAUAAUCGGUGCACGGGAGCCGUCCGUGGAGGACUGCGGCUCUGACGAGGAGUUCCUCUCGUGCGGCUGGUGCGAGCCCAGCUGCUCGGAGCCUGCGCCCCGCUGCCCAGCGGGGGUGUGCACCAGGGGCUGCCUGUGCCGCCCGCCAUUGCUGCGCCACUACAGCGGCCGCUGCGUCCACGAGAGGGCCUGUCUGCCCCAGAGCUGCCCAGAUCCGAGCGAGGAGUACGUGUGCCGUUACGGCUGCGAGCCCCGCUGCGACGGCCGCACCUGCGACUCCAGACCGCGGCGGUGCUCGCUCGGCUGCCACUGCCGCCUGGGCCUGAGGAGGCACGCGAGCGGCCGCUGCGUCGCACCGGACCAAUGCGCGGCGCCGACCCCUACCCAGCCCCAGUUGCCAGCCAUCGACGCUUUGCCCCCACCCGCGAUAGACCCCGUGUCGGAGUUCGAAAACGCGAGUCGCGCCACCAUCAAGAUA